GAUGUUUUGCACGCUGCACUGGGUAUGCAUUGCUCAUUUCUUGGACCCUUCCAACCAGCAAUUAAUUGGCCGUUCUGCAAACCAAACUGACUAUUCUACAGGCGUCGUCCGCACCGCCGUCUUCACAACCGCCAUCCAAGUAGCCUCCCGCUUCGUCCUCGUCUGGGCCGUACAGCACCCUUUCCCCUCAACCUGUCAAUCGCCCAUAUACUCCUCCAUGUUGUUCGCCUGGUCGCUCACCGAGGUGAUCCGGUACUCAUACCUGGCCCUGAAACUCAGCGGGUGGGAGCCGUACGCCUUCUUCUGGGUGCGGUACAGUUCGUACCGUGUCUUGUACCCCGUCGGCAUCCUCAGCGAGAUGGGCAUGAUGUGGCUUGGGUUUAAUGAGGCGCGUGGUCAGAGUGAUACACAGGAGGGCAUGCUGUUCCAGAUCUUCUUGGGGGUUUGUUUGUUUUUGAUUUGGCCUUGGGGUGCGUACACUAUGAUCGGGCAUAUGAAUAAGCAGAGGAGAAAGGUUAUGGCUGUUGAUAAGUCGCAGUAGGUGAGAAUAGAAAGAUAGGAGACUGAAGAGAAUACGGCGUAGGUAUUGUUAGCUUUGCAUACGUCAUAGAGCUAAACCGGGUUCAAACAAAAUUCCACCCUGGCUUCGAAUUAAUAAUC